CGUGUACCUGUCUCCCCAGUGCCCGUCUUCAUUAUCUGUAGCUUGACAUCAUCGAACAUCAUUGGUCAUCAUCUGCUUCACCACCAUUCUGCCCAAGAUCAAUUGAUAUCUCCAACACACAUAUCUCAAAGUCCAACUCCCAUUAUCAUCAUCAUCACAUCAGGCCAUUCAACCAACGGUGGUCCCGCAUCUACUGCAACUGCUUAGGUGGGGUGUUGCUUCCAAAGCGAGUGACUGCCAAAACAUCAAACCGGCGAUAACUCACAAAACACCGCCAAAAUGACCACUUACAUACCCCAACUCACCCUCCCCGAGUCCAUCUUCUCCUCUUUCCCAGCCUCCAUCCUCCUCCCCAUAACCCUAGGCUCAGCAGUAGGAUGGUCAACCAGGCCAAAACAAGUGCCCCGAACCUACCUCUCCCUCAACCAACCCCCCUCCGCCCACCCCCCCAAGUCUUCGGCCCAGUCUGGACCCUCCUCUACGGCCUAAUGGGCUACGCCUCCCACCGCGCCUACAGCAUCGGCACCUCCCCCCUCAACCUCCCGGGCAUAAUCUCGGCCGCCCGCCAAGGCACCACCCUCUACACGAUCCAGCUCGGCCUCAACCUCCUCUGGAUGCCUCUCUUCUUCGGCUGGAACCGUCCCAUCCUCGCCACCGCCGAUGUGCUUGCUCUGGUGGGAGUGAAUGGGUAUCUGGCCUGGUUGUGGGGGACGAAGGUUGAUGCGACGGCGGGGUGGUUGUUGGCGCCGUAUGUGGCUUGGUUGAGCUUUGCUACUUAUUUGAGCGCGGGGACGGGGUACUUGAACAAUUGGGACUUGAGCGGGGCGUAUGAGAAGGCGGAUGGGGAGACGAAGAAGAAGAGGUCUUAGUUGGGGCGUUUGGGGACGAGGUGGUUUUUGUGGAAGGGGUGAGAAAUAUGGAUACACGCGAGGGUGAUUUGGAGCAAUGUGAGACGGCGGAGGUGGUGGCUGGGGCUGGAAUGAGGGGAGGAUGAUGCUGGCAAAAAUGUGGCUUAAGUGGGACUCGGGACAAGGUCAAAAGUGAGCGUGAGGAUGGCAUGGUUAUGUCAAAAGAGCGUAAAGAUUUGAAACGGCGGAACCAAUGGGUCAGGAUAGAUCCCUUUGGGAGGGAUCACUGAAAAUAUAAUUACAAAACGCCGUUUUAUGUAGACCAUUGACAUGC